AGGCCUCAAAUGCCCCAAGUACUGGUCGCCUCUGGUGCCCAAGACACCUCCUUGGAUGAGAAACCCAAGGGUGGCUGUGGUCCCUGGCAUGCUGGGUCUGAAGCCUGCGAGUGGGGCUGGCAUCUGCUGAGUCAGGGCUGGGCGAGCUGGCAGGAGGGCCCUUUCUCUCUCCAGCACGCUGCCCGCCGGAGGGGAGGCUGGGAGGGAAGCCAGAGGUCAUUUCCUCUGAGUCAGAGGCCAUCCACCUCCCAGAGGAGCUCCCCUGAAGGACUGAGCACCUCCAUGUGGUGCUGGCCUCCCUGCCGGCCAACCUGCACGCCACCCAGCACAGUUGGGGCAUUGUGCUCAGACAAGAAAGGGGCACUUGUGGUCCAGAUGACGGGCUGGGGCGCUCCCGUGUGGCCCGGGCUUCAGCUUCCCUGGGUCAGCAAUGUCCUUUCCUCUGCUCCUGCCCACUCUGCUCCCACCCCUCCCCGGGGAACGGUGGCCAGGAGCGCCGAGCGGACUCACCGCCGGCCCGUGCCUGGCCGUCAGGAGGAGGGAUGCGAGCUUCUUGCCUCUGCCCUGGUAAGGAACAUCGCCUCCGGGCAGCCAGCGCGGGUCAGGCCAUGUCGAGGGUGGGCGGGAGGCGGCUCUGGGUGGUGCCCGCGGUGGGACGGCCGGCGGAGACCCCAGACUGAAUCUCCAAGGCUCCUCCUGCCGCGGCGGGCCCAGGGGCUGGGCCGCCCCCACGUUUGCAGCCACCCCAGGAGCCCCGCUGCGACGGCCGCAGCCACGUGGGAGCCAGCUCGUGCCCACGGGCCGCUCGCCCCCGCCCCCACCUCCGACGUGCCCUGGAGGCAGGCGGGCACGCCCAGACUGGCCGGAGAGGCGACGCUCCCCCCACCGCGCACCCCUCUCCCCCAGUGCCCCCGAGCUGCGGCCCCCCGUGGGGGGAGGGAGGGGGAGGGGCGCCGCCGCCUCGCAGUCGCGUUGCUGGGGAGCGCAACCCCGUUGCUGUGGCAACCGUUUCCAAGCGAAGUGGUGGCGGCUCGCGCCCGGCUCUGGCUCCCUCGCUCUCCCUCCCUCCGGUGUGGGCUGGGGGAGGGGCUGCCCGCGGCCCGGGCGGGGGUCCGGGCCGGCGACCCCGGGCCAGGGCGCAGGGCCGCCCACAGCCGAGGGUUCAGUCCUGGGACCGUCUUCCGCCCGCGCUCCGUGCCCGCCCGGCCCGCAGCCGCCGAGACAGGGGCCUGUGCACAGCCAACUUGAAAAGUGGCCAGGCUGAGACUUGAACCCAGAACUGUCAACUCCAAAGCACAUGUGGCUUCUGCAGCACUGGAUGCCCAGCCCAGAGGUAAGGAACAAAACGUUAUGGAAGGUACACGGUAUUCUUGGAGGGGCUGGGGACACCGGGAGGCUACGGAGCAGCGAUGGGUUUACCAAACCUGGGACAGAUUUGUGGUCAACAAGCUCUCACCCCAAGUGUCUGCCUAGGAGGGUCCCCGGAAGGCUCUCCCCAGUCCCUCCCCCAGGUGAAGGCCCCCUUCAAGGCCUGGCUCAACCACUAAUCUUGAGAUCCCUCCCUGAUGCCGCCAUAGCCUUCUUCCCAGUUGUCACCAGCAUUUAGGCCUCUGCUUGCCCACACGGCAUGCUUGGAGGGCAAAACAGAGGGAUGGUUCUGAUGCUUGUGUCCCAGGCCAGCGCCAGGUGCAUGGCUGGUGUCUAGGUGAGACAGCCCUGGAGCAGAUGUCCCCAACCGAGCUUCCCACUCACUCACCAGGCUGC